CUGGGCGGGGCGGGGGCGGGGGCCUCCAGGGGGCGGGGCCCGGCGCGAGCUGGGCGACUGCGCAGUCGCGCCGGCGGCCGUGCUGUCGCCGCGGUGAGAGGAGAGACGCGAUGGCGGGGCCCGCGUGGAUGUCCAAGGUCUCUCGGCUGCUGGGGGCAUUCCACAACCCAAAACAGGUGACCCGAGGUUUUGCUGGUGGCGUUCAGACAGUCACUCUAAUUCCAGGCGAUGGCAUCGGCCCGGAGAUCUCCAACUCCGUCAUGAAGAUCUUUGACGCCGCCAAGGCGCCCAUCCAGUGGGAGGAGCGGAACGUCACUGCCAUCCAGGGGCCCAGCGGGAAGUGGAUGAUCCCCCCGGAGGCCAAGGAGUCCAUGGACAAGAACAAGAUGGGCCUCAAAGGCCCGUUAAAGACGCCCAUCGCCGCCGGCCACCCGUCCAUGAACUUGCUGCUGCGUAAGACCUUUGACCUCUACGCCAACGUCCGGCCGUGCGUGUCCAUCGAAGGCUACAAGACGCCGUACACCGACGUGAACAUCGUCACCAUCCGCGAGAACACGGAGGGCGAGUACAGCGGCAUCGAGCACGUGAUCGUGGACGGCGUCGUGCAGAGCAUCAAGCUCAUCACCGAGCAGGCGAGCAAGCGCAUCGCGGAGUUCGCCUUCGAGUACGCCCGCAACAACCACCGCAGCAACGUCACCGCCGUGCACAAGGCCAACAUCAUGCGCAUGUCCGACGGGCUUUUCCUGCAGAAGUGCAGGGAGGUGGCCGAGAACUGCAAAGACAUCAAAUUCAACGAGAUGUACCUGGACACGGUGUGCCUGAACAUGGUGCAGGAUCCGUCCCAGUUUGACGUCCUUGUGAUGCCCAAUUUGUACGGGGACAUCCUGAGUGACCUGUGUGCGGGACUGAUCGGCGGGCUCGGCGUGACCCCGAGCGGCAACAUCGGCGCCAACGGCGUGGCCAUCUUCGAGUCGGUCCACGGGACGGCCCCCGACAUCGCGGGCAAGGACUUGGCCAACCCCACGGCCCUGCUGCUCAGCGCCGUGAUGAUGCUGCGCCACAUGGGCAUGUUCGACCACGCCGGGCGCAUCGAGGCCGCCUGCUUCGCCACCAUCAAGGGAGGCAAGAGCCGGACAAAGGACCUGGGAGGCAACGCCAAGUGCUCGGACUUCACAGAGGAAAUCUGCCAGCGAGUGAAGGACAUGGAGUAAGGCUCCCGCGGGCGCGUCCGCACCAGCCGCCCCUGACGCCGCCCUGUCCGCCGCCUGCGCGCCCGCCCGCCCCGCGUGCACCGGCCUGUCCCCCCAGCCCGCCGCCGGCCUCACCGGAGCCGAGCGUGCAGGCGCCGCCGAGGCCUGCUCCCGGGACGCCCGCGCGGGUCCCGGCGUGUUUGCGGGCCGCGCGGACCGUGUCGGUUGCCGCUGUUAACCAUUUUACACUCCAGUCAAACACUGUCCUCGGCUGUACAUAGGCUGCAGGUUACUCAGAGCACACCUAACUCCCGAAGGAGAGGCUCUCCUUGGCGUAUGAAACACGUAGAAAUAAAGCCGCACUGACCUA